GCUUUGAGAGAGAAGGAGAGAUCAGCUAAGAGACUACCGCAAGAUGAAGGAGAUUCAGAUACCAGCAGUAGAGGACAUGCCAAAGGUUACCAUGAUGAUGGAAGGCGAGUUAAAGAUGAGCUUGACAUGGAGCGACUUCAAAGACUGUACUCAUCACUUAAGCAGGAGACAGAGCAACUGAAAGAACAGCUAAGAGAAACAGAGAGGGAGAAGUGGACCCUCAAAGAUGAGAAUCAGAAGCUACACUGUCAGCUAAUAAAAGGUGACCCUUUGCUUCACAAGAGCGGAGAGGGCGUGGCUAUAAAAGGAGGAGCCAAAGGAACUCAACCACUUCAUAAGAUAUCCAGCACAGACUGUGACCCGGAGAGACAGCAGGAGAGGGAAGUGCAGUCUGGAGCUAAGAAAGCAAAGUCUUUGAUAUCUGCUCCAUCAGAGGCUUCAGAUAUAUAUGCAUCAUCAGGUUACCUUCCCAGCUCUGUUGAUGGCGUCUCAAACAUUGUCAGUAUACUUAAUGAAGAUGUCACCACUAGUGUGCUUCCUGAAUCAUUUUCCCCCGAGCAGCAGCAACAGCUGGUCUAUGCUUUACAGAACUGCCACAGCAUUCAAGAGCUUAUCUCUUGUCUUUUCUCCUACUCUCUCUCCUUCUCCGCCUCCUCUCAAGAAGGCCUCGUUGAGAACGAGCAGUUACGUUCUAAAGUGAAGCACUUGGAAGCCGAACAUCGUAGACUGAGCACCUCAUUUGAUACUGUGAAGCACGAGUCAGGUAGCUGCUCUAUUUAUAGUAACAUUCUAUUUAUAGUAACUACCAUAUUGGAAAUAUUUGCUAGCAUUCAAACUUUGCAAGUUUAA